GGGUACCGGUAGGGCUAAUCUCGGUAUUAGUAGCGGGCGAAGUGGGUCAUUCCCGCUAACAAUCGCGUGCUCGCUCGAUAUGCAAAAACCCUUUUUCCCUCACGAGCCAUCGUCUCUAUCGUUGCAAGUUAAGUCGACUAUAUGCGAACUAUAUAUAUAAAUACGGAUAUAUAAAUACGGGUAUUGGCGUGUGAGAUCAUCCGCGGUGGUUGCACUAUACUUGAAAGACUAGGAUAGUUAUACCCGAGAUCCAGGAUUUGUAACACUGCUGUGGGCUACAAAAUGGUCCAUGCGGAUGCAUCGAAUUUUGCCGAGGGCGUGACAAAAGAGCAGGCUUACACGCAAGUCCUCUUACAGGCCGAAGGUCUCUUCGACGGCCAGAGAAACUGGGUAUGCAAUCUUGCCAACGCAGCAUCCCUCUUAUGGCACGCCUAUAAAUCGUUGCCUCACCCAAGCAACCAGGUGAACUGGGCAGGCUUCUACACCCUUGAUCCGCAGGCGACAACGUCAAAACGCCAGCUCGUCCUAGGGCCGUUCCAGGGCAAAGUCGCCUGCCAAACUAUCGCCUUCGGUAGAGGGGUAUGCGGUACGGCGGCGGAAACCCAGAUAACGCAGCUGGUUCCCGACGUCGAGAAGUUCCCGGGACAUAUCGCCUGCGAUGGGGAUAGCAAGAGCGAGAUCGUGGUACCUAUUAUCGUCGGGAGCGGAGAGGCGAAGAAGUUAGUGGCUAUUAUAGACGUCGACUGUGCGGAUAUCAAUGGGUUCGACGACGUGGAUAAGAAAUACUUGGAGCAGUUGGCAGAACUGAUAGGGAGGAGCUGUGAUUGGUGAAGCGGGAAUCAUGAAGGUAUUAACUAUCAAUAGUAUAAUAUGACUUUUAUUGCUGAACUAAUGCUAAUGAGCAAUGGGUUUGAUCACCUAAAUCACUUGGGCUCCAUUCGUGCCGUCGAGUUUAUAAAUUAAACCCGAUAGUUCCCCUGACUACUUCGAAAAUGAAAUGAUCACAUGGGAGGAAGCAUACGGAUUACAUAUGAG